ACGUAUAAAGUCCUUUUUUUCUUUUUUGGGGGGUUUUGAUGAAUAAGUUGUACGUGUGCAUCCAUACAACCUCAAUGAGCAGCAUCUUAUAUUAUAUGAUAUUAACUAAUUAUAGGCAUCAAUAUACAUCCAAAUCAUCCAUAUCAACACCGUGGCAUGGACGGCCCCAGUCAUAUGAUCUCAUUACCAAUAUCUUCUAUAUACUAAAGAAUUUUCUUUUCCAUAGUCCAUUCUCACAACUGCAAAAUCCCUUUUCCAUUUUCUACUUUCUCUGCUCUAUUUUGCUCCCAUGUCUUUCUUUCUACUUUUCUUGUGCAAUUUACAUAAUAUUGAUCGUCUCCUUUUGAUAUAUAAAAUAUAUUGCUGUUGUCGGUUUGAAUAUACACAAGAGAGAUUAAGGUAGCAUGCAGCAAAACCAGAUGAACCAAAUGUCUGAUUCGAGCUCAUCACCGCAGCAGCAUGUAGACCUUGAGUCUCAGCAGCAAAAAGUGUUGUUGAGAGCCCGGUGGCGUAGGUUUCUGUUGAUCAUUAAAGUGCAUAGAGCCUUCAUGUCAAUCCCAGUUGACAAACUUAACAAGUUCGCUCCCCGAGUCUCAGUCCCAUCAUCAUCAUCAUCAUCAUCAUCAACAGCAGCAGCAGUUCUGUCCACGCAGCAUUACACUGCUCUCUCCUCUAUGGUUACCAAUGAAGAUGCAGAUGAAUAUUCUUAUUCGGCUUUACCUUAUGAUCAAGUGUCGAUAGAAGUCCAUCCAGAUGCCGAGGAGCAGGAUGACUACUGUAGAAGAGCGAGGGACAACGCAAACCUGCAACGGGAAAAUAUUGUGAAGAUAGUAAAGGACAAGGACAUGGAUUCUUUGCAGAGUUUUGGAGGUGUCCAAGGAAUGGCAGAAGCUCUUUGUACUGAUCUAGAGCUUGGGAUUUGUGGUGACGAAGAAAGACUUGAUAUUCGAUAUGCAGGGGAAAGUGCACUACUUUCCACAACACAGGCAAUCGAAGCCCCUCGAAAAGGCUUGCUUGGACUUCUUAAACAAUAUUCUUGCAACAACUGCAACAUUCUACUUCUCUCCUUGUGCGCGGUGUUGUCCAUUGGAUUCGGCAUCAAGGAGGAAGGCUGGAAGACUGGUUGGAACGAAGGUGCCAUUAUACUGGUGGCCAUUUUCAUACUCGUAGCUGCUCCUUCCAUCCGUGAUUUCUUUCGUAAACGCUCACAGAAGCUUUUGGAGAUGCAGAAACCAAUUGAAACCGGAAUGUUAACUGUUAUCAGGGGUGGCUGCGAAAAGGAAGUAUCAAUCUCUAACGUCAUGGUAGGCGAUUUGGUAUACCUGAAGAGCGGAUGUCCUAUCCCGGGUGAUGGAUUAUUCAUUGUUAAUUCUGGUGACGAUCAAGUCCUUGUUGUUGAUCAUGAUGGGUUGGAGUCAACAGCUGAUGAGAAAACUCCAUUUUUAUUUUAUGGUGCAAAAGUCAUUAAUGGGAAUGGACGAAUGCUGAUAACGUCUAGGGGAAUGGAUACAGUACUGAGGGAGCUGAUCAACAAAGUUUCCAAUACUCGUAGUCUGACCCCAUUAUCAGCUCAACUGGAUAAGGUGGGGGCAACAACACAAAUAGCUGGGAUAUCAAUCUCUAUUCUAAUCCUUGUGGUGUUGUUCCUCCGUUUUAUGCUUGAAAGCAAACAUACUAAUAAAAAUAAACACUCAGCUGGUCUCCCAGACCUAAGGAAUACAACAGCAACCAAGGGAAUCAUAGACAUCAUUGAAAAAAUUGUCAAAAAACCAUCUGGAAAGAUCAGCCCUUUCACAGCUUCACUCACCAUUUUGCUGGUAGGAAUUCAAGAACCAAUACCUUUUCUCAUCAUACUAGCCACGGUUUAUUGGAGAAAGAAGAUGUUUUCUUGCAAGGUGGCUUAUGCUCAGGAACUAUUGGCUUCUGUCACAGUAGGCUCCGCCAGUAUCAUUUGCGCUGAAAAGUUAUACCAACCGGAAAUUGCCAUGUUCUAUGUUGGUGAAGAGAAUAUUCAGAAAGACUGUUGGGUUGCUGGAAUAGAUAUAUGCGUUCGUGAAGAUCUCUGUCAAUGUAUCAGCAACCCAAUCCUGAUGCAAUCUGUUCCUGGUAGAUCAACAGAAGACCCGCUUCUUACAUGGGCAGCCUCAGAAUUGGGGACUGAUAUGGAGAUUUCAAAGCAAAAUUCCACGAUUCUAGAGAUGAAAGCAUUGAGCUCCGAUGAGGAAGGAAGUGGAGUAUUAAUUAGGAAGGUCGACAGGGAAGAUGGAAGAUAUGAACAGCGCUUACACUGGAAAGGUCCUGCAACCACAGUAUUAGCCAUGUGUUCCCAUUACUAUGACUGCAAUGGUGUAAUAAAGGACAUGGACGAAAACAAGAGAGGGGCUUUUAAGCAUAUCGUUGAAGGAAUGCACUCUGAACAUCUCAAAACCGUUGCCUUUGCUUCCAAAAAGAUGGAUUUUUCAAUUCUAGAGGAAAAUGACUUGAUCUUAGUAGGAAUGAUAGGCUUGAAAAGCACAUGCUGCACAAAGAUCACAAAUGCAAUUACUGCUUGUCAGAAUGCUGGUCUAAAAAUCAUACUUGCUUCUGAAGAUGAUGUGUCGGUUCUAGAAAACAUAGCUCACAAGUGUGGAUUAUUUAUGCUUCCCAACUCAGUCAGGCUCAAAGGUGAAGUUUUUGGAAAUCUUACCGAAAAAGAGAGGAUGGAUCUAGUGGAUAAAAUCGGUGUGAUGGGAAACUCUCAUCCAUCUGAUAGGCUCCUCCUUGUUCAAUGUUUGAAAAAGAAAGGCAAUGUGGUGGCAGUGGUUGGAACCAGGACAACUACAAGUGCUAUGCUAAAAGAAGCUGAUGUUGGGGUGGCAAUGGGGAUUUGGAGCAGUGAAAUGGCAAGAGAGAGUUCCGACAUCAUUGUUCGAAAUGGAAAUUUCAGUUUGUUAGCGAGCCUUAUUAGUCACGGAAGAUGUACUUACAACAACAUCCUGAAAUGCAUCCAACUUCAGCUCACAAUGAUCAUAUCAGGGACAUUGAUUUCCUUCAUAACCACUGUGUCCUUGGUAGACGUCCCAAUUACGGCGAUUCAAUUGAUCUUGGUAAACUUCGUUGUGAACCUUGUAGGUGGGCUUGCUCUAUUAUCAGAGCCACCCACAGAUGAACUGAUGCAAAAGCCUCCUAUAAGCCAAACCGUACCUUUCAUCACAAAAUCCAUGUGGAGAAACAUAGUGACUCAAGCUCUAUACCAGACAUCCAUCUUGGUCACCUUUCAUUUCAAAGGGAAAAAUCUCCUGGGCAUCAGCAAGCAGGUAGGCAAAUCCAUUGUCUUUAACAGUUUUGUGCUUUGCCAGGUAUUCAACCUGUUGAAUUCAAGGGAUCCAGAGAAGAAAAACGUGUUCAAAGGGCUUCGUCAAAAUAAUCCAUGCUUUUAUGUAGCAGUGUUUAUCAUCCUAAUCCUGCAGGUAUCUUUUACUGAGAUUUCACAUAUUAUUAUGGAUUAUGGCAGAUUGGACAAGACACAGUGGGGUUUGUGUCUUCUAAUGGGAUUUAUUUCAUUGCCAAUCGAUUCUUCUGUGAAAUUGACAACCAGCUUCUUCAAGAUUCAUCCACUCCUCCCUAAUAUUAUUGGAUCUACAAGCUUUACACCCUCUGUUCCGGCAGAAUCAACGGUUUCUACUAUUCUAGAGCUCCCUUUGAUGGUUGCAGGGGAAAACUGUGAAUCAACUACUUAAGCUUAAUGGUCAUGCACAUAUAUACAUGUUGACUUAGAAAAAUGCAGCUAUUUAGCUCCAAGUUUUGUAUUAUAAAUAAUCACCGAUAGUACUCUUUCUUAUUUUAACUCUUAUCAGCUUUGCCUUUUUUGCAUAAAUAUUUUUCUUAAAAAAGUAAAACUAAAAUUGCUAACAAUAUGAGGUACACGGGUAAGUCUUUAUUCAUAGAAAACAAUCAGAAAUUGCAUCAAGCAGAAGACCUAAUAACAGUCCUGUAGCUUAUCAGGAAAAUUAAAAUUAUAUAAAUAAACAAAAGUAGCAACUAAGUUUGUAGCCGAGAGAGAUCUAGUUAGUUUGUUUAAGACUGUAAAACACAACAACAAAAACAGCAGCAGCAGCAACAACAACAACAACAAUAACCACAACAAAAACAAGAAAAACACACACACACAGAGUUGCA